UUGGACGUGGCAUGCAAUAUAGUGUGUGACAGUGGUUGUGUCAGUGGAACAAUCGUGUGAUUUAACAAAAUGUGAAUUAUUUUUAUAACUUUUUAACCCCCAUACAUAAGAGAUUUUUCAGCCGUAUCUAACGUUCGUGUAGCAUGAUAAGACUAUCAAGGGGUUAUACAAACUGUUUACUACGCUUCAUACCAGUUAUAACCGCUUCAAAUCCAUAUAUCAUUCAUUCCAUCGAACUUUGUCAUUCUUAAUGAAAGAAAGGACAUAAUUGUCAGCAGAAAUGUUGGCUUGCACAGAGGUGUUGCUGCUACUCGACAGUUAUCUACUCUCACAGGAAUGAGGUCAUGGCUGAGGAUGAUCCAGAAAUGUGGGAACUUGUGCAAGCUGAAAAAUAUCGUCAGAAACGUGGAUUAGAGCUUAUUGCAUCUGAGAACUUCUGCACACGUUCAGGUCUAGAAGCUUUGGGGUCAUGUCUUAACAACAAGUAUUCAGAAGGUUAUCCUGGCCAGAGAUACUAUGGUGGCACAGACAUUGUAGAUAAGAUUGAGAGACUGUGUCAGCAGCGGGCCUUAACAACAUACAAACUUAAAGCAGAAGACUGGGGGGUGAAUGUGCAGCCAUAUUCUGGGUCUCCUGCUAACUUUGCAGUAUAUACAGGUCUCCUUAAGCCUCAUGAUCGCAUCAUGGGCUUAGAUUUACCUGAUGGGGGGCACUUGACGCAUGGCUUCAUGACUGAAACCAAGAGGAUUUCUGCGACCUCAAUAUACUUUGAAUCCAUGCCAUACAAGCUCAACCCCAUCACUGGAGAAAUUGACUAUGACAAAUUACAUGAACAUGCUCGCCUCUUUAGACCUAGGAUGAUAAUUGCUGGUGCCAGUGCUUAUGCAAGACUCAUAGACUACAAAAAAAUGAGAGAGAUCUGUGAUGAAGUGAAAGCAGUUUUGCAUGCGGACAUGGCUCAUAUAUCUGGUCUAGUUGCGGCAGAUGUGAUCCCAUCUCCAUUUGAAUAUUGUGAUGUUGUUACCAGUACUACUCACAAAACCCUCCGAGGACCCAGAUCAGGCUUGAUUUUCUUCCGACGAGGAGUGAAGUCCACAGAUAAGAAGACUGGGAAGCCAAUUAAGUAUGACUUUGAGGAUCGGAUCAACUUUGCUCUGUUUCCUGGCCUGCAAGGUGGACCUCAUAACCAUGCCAUUGCUGGUGUAGCUAUUGCUCUACAGCAGGCUAGUACACCUGAGUUCAGAGCUUAUCAAGAACAAGUCUUAAGUAACUGCAAAACCAUGGCAGAGGCCUUGCUUAAACGUGGCUAUAAACUUGUUUCAGGUGGAACUGACACUCACCUUGUUCUAGUAGACCUUCGGCCAAAAGGUUUAGAUGGUGCCAGAGUAGAAACCAUCUGUAACAGCUGCUACAUUACAGUCAACAAAAAUUCAGUUCCUGGAGACAAAAGUGCAUUAGUUCCUGGAGGUCUCAGACUAGGAACUCCAGCUCUUACAUCUCGAAACUUAAAGAACAAAGACUUUGAGUAUGUGGUGGAACUACUAGAUGAAGCUUGCUCCAUUGCCUUGGAAGUCAAGGCAAAAUCUGGGAAGAAACUUGCUGACUUCAAAGCAUAUGCUGAAAAUGAUCCAGACAUUAGGGCCAAAAUCGAAGCUAUGCAAGCAAAAGUUAACAAGUUUGCUUUAAGCUUCCCUAUGCCUGGCUUUGAUGAUCACUAAUUUUCAGUGUAAUAUCAAGCCAAUGUGGUGUACACCAACUUAUGUAUGUUAACGAUAAUUUGUUUUUAUGUUCCCGUACUUUUAUUCUCACAGUUCUGUAGGACUGGCCUUUUCAUAAUGAUAUACAGGUUGACAAUCAUGAAUUUAGUUCUGUCACUAAUCCUGCACUAAUUUUGACUAGCAUAACUUCAAAUUUCCCAGGUCAUGCACCAACCUGCUGUUGCUCUCAUUUGUUGAAAAGUUUUCAACACUGACUUGGGAGAAAAGGAUUGAGGAAGCAUUGAAAUUGAAAAACAGAAGGACAAGAAUAACAAAAACAAGGAGUGAAUGACCUAAAAAAUGCUCUAAAGCAAAACAGGUCACUAGAAGCCACUUGCUGCAUUAAUAGCUGGCAUCUCUUUCAAACACAGGAAAGCCAUUCCAACAUAUUUUUUCUCCAUUUAUCAAUAAAUCUGCUCAGUUUUAGCAUCAGCAAUGGCUCCAAUGAGUAAAAAAAAUGCUUCUUGUUUAAAGUGCAGACAUUAUACUAUAUCCAUAAAAGAUAUGGUAAAUUUUAUGAAAAAAGAAGAUUUGUAUGUCUUUGUGAAGCUUGUGUGAAUUAUACAGCCCUGUCUCUUUAACAGUUUAUGACAGAAAGACAGAAAAAAAUUUCAGUGUCUUUGAUAACAGUACCAGGUGUGCUGGUAGUAUUGGUAUCCCAGAAAGGCAGUAUUAGUAUCAGCAGAGAAAGUACAGCCCCACUUAUUAAUUAACUUUUACUAAUUUAUGGAGUAUUCUGUUGGUAGGAUGAGUUGGUUAACUGUUGUGUUAGGUGUAUUCUAACCUCACUUCUCUUUAAUUCAGUAAAAUCACUAAUCCAGCACCAUUCAAAUCCUGAUGGUGUUAAAUUAGUGAUGAGCAAAAUGUACUAUACUAAGUAAUUUGUAUAUCAGAAAGUUGAAUAGGCUUGUAAUAUCAGCAUCUUUUUUUAUGUAAACAAAAUUCAAGAUUGUGAUAUGGAACUAGUCAUGUAUGAUUCAGUGCUGGAAAUAAUCUCUCUCUAAUGUAGUUUAGUGGGGAAACAUGUAAUUUCAAUCUUUUUAAACUGGAAGUGCCAAUCUAACUUGAAGAAAAUCUGGUGACUCCUUGUUCUGUUAAUCCUACUGACAUAUUUGUAUGGUUACCUGAACAGUAAAAUAGAUGAAAAGUAGCAGAUCCUAGUUGGUUGUAUUGCUCUUGUUAUGGAAUUGUACUGUUAAGAUGAUUAUGAAAAUUUUGUCAUAAGUGGAAUAAUUAUUGUGAGAUUGAGGUGGAAUGGAAGUAUUGAUUAACAAAUAUUGUGAGAUUGAGGUGGAAUGGAAGAAUUGAUUAACAAAAAAGAAAAAAAAAUGCAAAUCAUGAAAUAAAACUACAGGUAUUUCUUAA